AUGGGCUCUGCCCUUCCAAGUAUGGCGAUACCAAAUAUUACCAAGGACUUCGGGAUCACAUCAGAAGAACAAAGUGUUCUGCCCAUCUCCGUUUACCUCAUCGGCUACGUUUUGGGGCCUGUCGUCUGGGGGCCCCUCAGCGAACAUUAUGGCCGUCGCGACCUGAGCCUAGUGACCUUCUGUUUAUUCACCAUUUUUACUAUGGCUUGUGCUGUCGCUCCAACAUGGGCGGCAUUGUUGAUCUUUCGAUUCUUCUGUGGAGCCUUUGCGAGUUCACCUAUUGCAAUUGUUGCUGGUAUUUUGGCAGACAUAUAUAAUGACCCUCGCACGAGGGGCAGAGCAUUUGCUAUUUUCAUGGUGUGCACCACCGGAGGUCCUAUUCUGUCCCCGAUUCUGUCCGGUUUCGCUGGCCCCAAUAUUGGUUGGCGUUGGGUCUUCUGGAUUGCUCUCAUGAUCGCCGGUGCUACCAUUGUCCUAAUCAUCUUCCUCCCUGAGACCUAUGGCCCAAUACUCCUAUCCCGUCGUGCCCAAAGACUCCGCAAACGAGACCCGUCAUCUCGUGCCAUUGCCCCGCGAGAUCUUGAGGAAACAGAUAUCAGACAGCUUCUCACCGUGGUCUUGACUCGCCCCCUUCGUAUGUUCCUCUUUGAGCCUAUUGUAACAACGACCUGCACCUAUCUUGCUCUUGUCUACGCAAUAUUCUAUAUGUCCUUUCAGGCAUUCCCAAUUAUCUUCCAAGACGUGUACGGUCUGUCGCCAGGUGUUACAGGACUCGCUUAUCUCCCUAUCUUUGGCGGUGCCGCUCUGUCUCUUCCCAUAUUUUGGACGUGGGAUAAUGUUCUCGCCCGUGCCACAGAGCGUAAUGCAUCCUGGAUUCAUCGCGAGGAAUAUCGCCGCCUUCCUCUAGCUUGUUUAGGUGGUCCACUCUUCGUUAUAUCCCUCUUUUGGCUCGGUUGGUCUGCUCGUCAAGACAUACCUUUUGCAGCACCAAUGCUAGCUGGCAUCCUUUUUGGGAUGGGCUUCUUGUUGAUCUUCAUGGCCAUGCUGAAUUACCUCACGGAUGCAUAUGAAAUAUUUGCUGCCUCCGCGAAUGCCGCAUCCUCAACGACAAGGUCCCUAUUCGCUGUCGUAUUACCACUUGCCACCAAACCCAUGUUUCGUCAGCUCAAUAUUAACGGCGCGUGCUCUCUUCUAGGAGGCCUUAGUACACUAAUGUGUUUCAUCCCGUUUGUCUUCAUCUGGAAGGGACCUAGUAUUCGAGCUCGUUCGAAGUUCUGCAUUGCACUUCGCGAGCGAAAAGAGGAACUGCAACGGAAAGAAGAAGACGCAAAGGCUAGAAAGGAGCAUUAUGAGCUGAGAGAGAAGGAGAAGGAGAAGGAGAAGGAGAAGGAGAAGGAGAAGGAGAAGGAGAAGGAGAAGAAGGCAAAUGAACCCGUGUAG